AAACACAUGUAAAUUUUUGUUUUUGUACUCCUGCUAUCACCUUAUAUUAAUUCGCCUUGAUUCCGAAAUAAACUUUCAAUCAGUUUGGUACGUUCCUGUAGUGCAAUUCACUAACUUUUAACAAUACGAUUUGUCGAGGUCUAAUAUAACGAUUUUUGUGGUUUGCAGUAACGAUUGUGUUAUUCGGUAACUCUUUUUUAACGACACUAAACAGCUGACAUUUUCUUUUUAUUUCAAUAAAAGAAAGGUGGCAUCUCAGCUUAACGAAACGUCAAAAAAUGCGAAAAGCACAAAGAAGAAUGACGAAAAACAAAUAAAUUCCUUGCUAGCAAAGUGAAUGGCUUCGUCAGUACCCAGUGUUCAAAAGAGAAGCCGGACCACAGCAGAACAACUAAGUCGCAUGGUGGACUUUUUGGCGGAAACGCCGGGAUUGGCAGGAUCAAGGUUCCAGAAGCUUCAUGGCAAGUCGGAAUGCGACAAGAAGUGGAGUGAGCUAGCGUCAAUGCUGAAUAGCCUUGGUGGUUCGGUGAAGAACGUCGACCAAUGGCGCACAGUAUGUAAAAGUUGUUUAGUAAUUUAAUACCAUGUUUAAAAUUUUGUUUUGCAAAAAGGUAUGGAGGGAUUUGAAGAUCCGUACUAGUAUUAAGGUGCGUGAUAGAAAACGAAAGCAGGCAAUGACGGGAAACAAUCCCAUUAAUGAAGAGCCACCCACUGAGCUUAAGAGGCGUGUGAUUGCCCUUGUCGGUAGCGACUAUGUGCAGGGCCAUGAAACUGUUGCUGAAAGUGUGCCAGUGGAAGAGGAACUCCAACUUCGUAUGGAAGAGGGUGAUGAAAGUGUCAUCAUCGAGAUGACAUCUAUUUCCCACGAAGUGAGCAUUGAGAUGUGCACAUCGACUCCUGUAACUCCUGAAGGAAAAACGCCUCGUAGAGGUGCAAAAAGAAGGCGUGUGGACGGUGGUACCGAGGCCCAAAAAACAUUUUUGGAAAUUGCUCAGACCGAAGCAAAUGCCUUAAAAAUGCUAGCAGAGUCGAGUACAGCGAAUGUACAAAUAACAGGUAGACAAGCAGAUGCUUCGAAGUUGUUAGCUGAAACAAGUACGGCGAAGGUGCACGUAGCGAAAUCAUUGGCCGAAGCUAUGAACACAAUGGGGGAAGGUUUAAAGGCAUGUGCGGAUGCCUUUAAUAAUUUAACAAACGCUAUCUACCGCAUGUAAAUAUUGUGUAAAUAUGUAGUUUUUGAAGUAAUUUUUUGUUUUACUAUUUAUGUUAGUUUUAAGCGUUUUAAAUGCAAGUUGAAGUUCUUUUUACAACGCUUUUAUCAACUUGCAAUGUUGUGUGUCCAGAAACUUUCAAUGUUGUGGAUCC